AUGGGUACCUUCCCCAGGACUCGCCUGCGGGCAUCCCUGGCCGGGCAGGAGUCCCUGGGUACCGGCCGCGGGCAUCCCUUGCUCCGUAUCGUCUGCCAGUUUCUGCCGGGCUCCUUUGAAAGAGGGAGGAUGAGCUACUGUGCCUACGUGGUGCAGCGCAAUGUGACAUGCACGCUGCAGGACGGGGCCGAGAGCUACGUCAAGGCCGAGUACCACAAGUGCAGCUGGGGACCCAAAUGCCCAGGGAAAGUGCUGUACCGCACCUUCUUCAGGCCCAAAUACAAGAUUGGAUACAAGACAGUGACCGAGCUGUCCUGGAGGUGCUGCCCAGGCUUCAUGGGAGAAGGGUGCCAUGACAGCCCGACAGACCAGCCUGGCCUUCUGCCCCAGCAUCCCAGCCCUAAAAUGCCUCCUGGGCAAAAGAUGUUUCCAAUGCCCAGACUUCCUCCCUAUCCCAAAAGCCACCCUGACCUGUUUCCAGGACCAAAGAAGAAUCAAUAUGGCAGGAAGCUGCCUGGUCUCUUCGGGGACCGCCUGGAUCGGCUGGAGGAGGAGGUGAGGCGCCUUUCCCAGUCCUACGACAGCCUGCACACCAUGGUGAGUGGGCUGGGUGACCGCCUGCGCUUGGCCAUCCAGGAGGACACCACCAAGAUGAUCGGCUCCCUGAUGAACAGCCCAGGCACGCCAGACUCAUCCGUGGGCUUCGGCAUCAUUCCCGACGGCCUGGUGGACGUGGCAGACAAAGCCGACAUCGCCACGUUCCCUCCCGUAGGGGAGAUCCUGACCAAAGUGACGGAGGUGAGCGAUGUGCUGAAAACCAAGGCGGAUCUGCUGCACGAGGUUCAGGGCAUGGUCCUGGACCACGAUGGGCAGAUCAAGCACCUGCUGGAAUCCGCCAGGCCCUCGCCCCUCACCUCCAUCGACCUGCUGGAGGAGUACGUGGACACGAGGCUGAGCAACCUGCGUGGAGAGCUGCUCGACGGCUUUGAGAAGAAGCUGGGUAAGAUCCAGACCACGUGCGAUUUCCGCAUCCAAGAGGUGCGGCAGCAGUGUGAGGAGGAGAAAGCUGCCAACCUGCGGCUGCAGCAGACACUGGAUGGGAAGGAGCUGGAGAUCAAGAAAGAGAUCUCUCAGCUGGAGACCCAGAUCCAAGGGCUGACAGUGGUGGAAAGCUGCUGCAGCAACCUGGACUACCUCACCGAUCGCAUGAACAUCCUUGAGAAAGGCCUUCACAGCAUCUCCGAGUCCCAGAAGAACCUGCACUCACGCCUGGAUGGAGAAAUCUCCACUGUCACCCUAGGGAACCUCUUUGAAGGGCGCUUUGAGGACCUGGAAGCCAGGCUCAAUGCUACAGAGAGGGAAACAGGGAGCUGCUGCUCUGGUAUAGAGGACAGCAUGAAAGGCACAGUGGUGGCAGAGGUGGAUGGCAUGAGGACUGCCUUUGAAGACAAAAUGCAGACCCUGGAGGACAGGUUCAUGACCAUUGUGGGGGAGCUGAACAAUGUCAGCUCUCCUAUGGCCAUGGAUGGAGCAGUGGUGCCUGUGCUGGAAGGGGAGCUUGCCAGCAUGAGGAAACGAACAGAUGAGACACUGGAGGUGUUGCAGAAUCGCCUCAUCACACUGGAGAGCACCUGCUCCCUGGGCUGCACCUCUGCCUCCAAAGAUGUGGAGACCUUUCGGACGGAGAUCGAGGAUUGCCAGAGUAAGAACCAGGACCUGCUCCUCCGGAUGGAUAGCAAUUAUGACCUCCUGCGCAAGCUGAACGCCACCAUCCUGGAGAUCCAGCGGCGAAUCGAGGAGGAAGCAUCGGGGGCUUUGCAAGGGGAGAUCACCUUGCUAAAGAUCAACCUGAACACUGUGAGCAAGUCUCUAACAGGGCUCAAGAACUCCGUCUCCCAGUACUCAGACACCGUCACACAUGUCAACUCCUCACUAGAUGAGCACGAGCGGAAGAUUGAGGAUGAGGUCCACUCCAUCCAGGAGAAAGUCAACGACCAAGGCUCCCAGCUUUUCUUCAGCAACCGCCGUGUCCUGAACCUCAAGGGAGACCUGGAGCGACUCAAAGCCAGGAUUGUCAGCGACCUGAGCUCCUGCAAGAACGUGGCCCAUGGCCUGCAGCAGGAGGUCUCUCACUUCGAUGAGCGGGUGGCGCGGGUGGAGAGCGCCUGCGGCAGGCUGGGGGCCAUCACUGGCAGCCUGGACAACAUCAGGGAGGAACUGGAGAAACACACGGGCAGUCUGUGGGACUACAUGGACCACAUGAAUGGGACACUGGCUGCCCACUCUCAGGAAAUAACGGGACUGAAGGACAACUUGCUUGACUGCCAAGCCAAGGUCUCUGAGCUGGCGGAACAGGUUGGGCACUUAGAAGAGAAGGCAGAGAGGAGGCAGCAUUAGCCACACUGCCAAGCUAUGUGUCUUCCUUCUCCUGCUGUGAAGGACAGGAUUAAAUUAUAUUACACAGA